UAAAAUGAUAGAGAUGAUAGAGAUGUCUUUUCUAUUGAUGUAUUUACUGACUUCUGUUCGUUGGCAAUUAACCGUUCUUUAUAGACAAUGUAUUUCUGGCAGAUUAUUUUUGUACUGAAAUAUGGGGGGGGGGGGGGGGGGAGCAGAGAAAACGUGUGAAAAAAAUCGCCCCGUGGCUACAGAUCUCUUCACUGCAAUAUCAGAAUACACAUAUGUGUAAAUAAAUGACAAAUCCUUUACUUUUAAAAACGAUGUUUAAAAGGCAGCUUUCAUUGUGACUUUCUAAAAUUGCUCAAACAUAAACCCAUUUCUCUGCGAGAGAAGAACUGUGGUUAUUACCCGUAAUGUAUUCCAGAACAUUUCCCUGGGAUUGUAAAGCACCUGGCAAAGUUAUUUCACUUCUGAUUGUUAUCAGGAGAAUGAGGCUCAGCUUUAUCAAACAAAGCACUGAGCAAAAUAUUUGCAUUAAUUCAAUUUGCAGGUUGUCAUACGACGCCCUGAAUCAGAGCACGGACCAGGUCACAAAGAGCAGCAUGCAGAUAAGAGAAUCUCUUCAGCAGAUUCUGUGCUUUUCAGGCUGAUUUUGUGCUGUAUGUUGAUUCUUGUAAGCGUUACUUUGAUGCAGCUCGCUUAGCAGAGUUGAAGAUCUGUUGUUACUUUGUGCUGAGCUGCAGGAGCGUGGCAUGAAGUUUUCAGAGGAGCAUCCUGACAGUGAUACAGGAUGGAAGUCGUGUGCCAGAAGAGAGCUGAGUUUAAGACUGCUUGGAAAUAUUGCCUGCUUUAACCAGGGAAAAGAUACGGCGUGCCGGAUCACUGAACGGCAAAGCUGCUUCUUACAGAGUCACUGUAUUCACUCUGCUCUGAAAUCUGAAACUUUUUUUUUUUAACUAAAUUAGAAAUGGUAAAAAUCAGUAGAGAUAAGUCCUAGGCACUGGAAUGGACCGAAGAGUCUGAGGGAGAGUUAUGUAUGCUUGCCGUCACCCAGGCACAACUUUGAAUUGUCUGCAUCGUGGAGCAGUGUCAGGUCCUUGCAGGAGCUCUGGUUACAUCAGAGAUGCACUGCAGAAUUCAAAACGCUGCAGAGGACACAGGAGAGGGAGAGAACAGAACUUGAGGUGGAAUUCUAGGAUGUUACUUAUGAUUUCUAUUUCCUUACUUCAGAAGAGCAUCUUUAAUAAUUCUUUCCUCACUGUCUAGGAGUCUGGCACCCUUCCUGACUUUCUGCUGAAAGAGGGCAUCAUCCAAUUUUUUCACCAGACAUAAUGGAUAAGAAUAUCAUCUUGAGCGAGAGAGAUUUUUGAGAAGAUGUUACAUCUUGAUUCACACACCCCGCUCCAUUUCAGUCACCAGGAGCCCUUGCUGGGGGCAGUUCUGGAAGUCAGAACUAUGAUUGGGGUUGUGUGACGUGGUAAGAGUCAGCUCUUGCCCCACUGAGCUGUAAAUAAAGUGCAGCAGAAGGAAAGAAGCUCAGAGAAGUGAUUUAUCCAGGAGGAGCAUGUCUGAUAGGUGAGGCAGCAGGAAGGGAGAGCUGGGAUUCACAAACUCCCAAGCAUGCAGAAGGUGGAAUGCUAUCUCAGGAGGCAGGGCUGUAUCUCCGGGCCCUGCUUUACCAAAACAGUUUUAUCUAAAGAUUUUACUAUUGUAGCACAACCUUGAAGUUCCUUGUUUAAUUGUUAAUGUUGGGAAAAUUGUCGCUAUAGGGUAACGUGUUUUUCUGACCUUAUAUUAGUGUGUUGUCUUUAAUUCUCAAUGCAUCUCUUACAGCUAACCCAAAGUCAUCAGCCUGCAGAAUAUGAAUAAGGCAGUUUGAGCAUUUUUCAAGCUCAUAAGCAAAAAAAAAAAAAAACCACCCCAAAAAAACACACAAAGAAAACAACAACAGAAAAAAACCACAACCCUUUCAAGUGUCAGAUCUGUCUCUUCUUAAAGGAGCGCUGAUCAUCAUCACAUAGAAGUGCCUUCGAAAGGAAGACAAGAAGCAUACAAAGAAAUGUGUGGCUUUAUUUAUCUCUGUGAUCCCUUUAAUCAGACCAUAUAUGGGCUCUUAUUUUCUUCUUCUCUCUUAGGUAUAAAGCUUGGUGUCUUGGAGGUAAAAGAACCACAUAAAUAACACAGGUGCAGCAUCAAAUACUGUAGCUGCCUGCGUGGCUUCUGGGGGCUUCCAGUUCUGGCCAUGAAAGGAGGAGGAGCCACCUCCUAUAACAGCAGUCAUUCAGUGCCUUGCACAGGGGAUUAAUUAGCCCAAUUUAUUGUCUCAUGCACGUCAAGAAGCUGGAAGCAAAGAAAGAAGUAAUUUUUUCCUUGCUCUGUUGUUUCACAGUUGAUGCCUCAGGGUUGCAGUGUGUGACUGACAUGCACGAACAUUUACAUCUCUCUCUGCCCAUUUCUUCCCAUUGUGUCAACAAUGGAUGUGGUAGGAAAUCAAACCACUCACAGAGAUGCGCUGCCUCUUCGUUUUUCCUGGCUGAGAUUCAGAGGACAAGUUGCUGCUAACCAAUAUCAUCUGGUAUUACAGAAGGGAAACCUGUUAACUUAGCUCUCAUUUACCCACAGUCUUCCAUUAAUCAUAAUCUCAAUUCUCUUGAGGCAAGCCCUGCUUAGACAUAGCUGAGGCAGAGGGAACAAACCUUGUUCCUAAACAAGAUGGCUGUCUCUCUUGAGGAGAAGGCUAUGUCAGGUAGUCCCAUUUUUCCCGCAUCAAACCUAUGGCCUGAACUCCUGGCGGCAUUCCUUCUACAGAUGGGAUCCUGGGAGUGCUUUGGUAGGAAACAGCUCUUAGGCCAUUAGGAGAGCUUCGUGUGAUGGGGCAGCAUCAGGGUAAUUACCAGGCCAGCUGUUCCCUUCUCCCACCGUUCGGCGGGUGCUGCCUGAGCCUGCUGCCAUUCCUCUCAGAUCCGUUCACUGAUCACAGUGCUGCAGCUUUUCCAGGGGGCAGUGGGCACAGUGCCACAGUAUGCUGUGAUGCUCACUGAUAAUUCCAGCAUUGGCCAGGAUUUCCUACAGUAUCACUUUUUAAUAUAGUUAUGAUUCAUGUUAACAUUUGUUUAGAAAGCAGGGCUUGCAGGUCAGCAGGCCUUUGCUUAGCCUUUUUUUGAGGCUAGAUGCAAGCUGCCAUUGAUAGAAAAAUUAUUUGAGUGCAGCCUGUGGGAUUUCGUCAGUUCUGCACUCUCCCAAAGGAGUUUUAGGAUUGCCCAUUCCCUGCCAUGGGGAUUAUUUCCAGACCCAUAACUCUGAAGCAAAGGCAUAGCUACUCAGCACAAGCACAGGUAGGAGGCACCGAAGCCAAGCAUGGUUUAGGUUUUUGCACAGAGCGUGGUAACUCUCCAAAGAGCUGUUCUGGAAUCACCAGCUAUAGAUUACAGACGCUUUGGGGCAGUGACAGAGCAAACCCCUUUGCUUACCUCAGGCCAGGAAAUGUUCCACAGCUCUCAGGAGGUCUGAAUCACACUGUGCCCUUUCUUGCAUCGUCCCGUUGGCUUUGUCCUCCCACAGUCCCACCACAGGCCUUAGAGGUAUGUAACACCACUGAUGUGAGUUAUGAUCCUCAGCUUCUGAGAACAGUUCUGUGUUUAAGGAAGUUGCUCUAGCAGGGAUAUACAGCCCCAGAGGGCAAAACAAAGAGGAGGAACUGAGAUCGCUGCAUGUGAGACAGGGGAAGUUCCCUAAUUUGACAAAAAUGCCCAGCAGAGCCCCUGGAUAAGGGAGUGGCCUUUGUGCGAGUCAUUUCUCCCUGGCUGGACAAAAAGAGCCUCUCCAGAAAACUUUUCUGGCUGUAUUCAGCCCCUGCUGUUUUUUUCCAGUUAUUACAUCAGUCGUAAAUGUUUUUUGAGCCUCAGUCACUACGUUUGUUCCAAACUCAAAAGCAACCACUAAAUCCAUGUAUCUGGUUUUCAUUCCAGAAGACACUCAACGAAUAGCAAAGGGAUGUGAAGUUAUCUUCCAAGAUGACUCUUCUACCUGGAGAAAAUUCUGAUUAUGACUAUAGUGCCCUCAGCUGUGCUUCAGAUGCUUCCUUCAACCACGCAUUCUUCCCCGAAACAGAAAGCCUCAAGGGCGUCUUCUACCAAAGAGCCAAGCUAAUUCACCCUGAAGAGGAUCUCCUGAAAGGCUUUCACCCUGACGACCGGAAGCAUCAUAUCAUCAUAAAUGUAGGGGGCAUUAAGUAUUUGCUCCCGUGGACCACGCUCGAUGAAUUCCCAUUGACACGCUUGGGACAACUAAAAUUCUGCAACAAUUUUGAUGACAUCUUAAACAUCUGUGAUGAUUACGAUGUGACGUGCAAUGAGUUCUUUUUUGACCGCAACCCAGGAGCGUUCAGGACAAUCCUGACCUUUUUGAGGGUUGGAAAGCUUCGGCUCCUGCGUGAGAUGUGUGCGCUGUCUUUUCAAGAAGAGCUGCUCUACUGGGGAAUUGAGGAAGACAACUUGGAUUGGUGCUGUAAGAGGAGGUAUCUGCAAAAAAUGGAGGAGUUUACUGAAAUAAAUGAACGGGAGGAUGACCUUAUAGAAAAUGAAACAACAGGUGAAACAGCAGAGGAAACAAAAGUUGGCUUGUGCAUGAAAAAGUUGCAGGACAUGGUAGAACGACCCCAGUCUGGCCUCCCUGGGAAGGUGUUUGCUUGUUUGUCUGUUUUAUUUGUAACUAUUACAGCAGUGAAUUUGUCCAUCAGCACCAUGCCUGACCUGAGGGAGGAGGAGGAUAAGGGUGAGUGUUCCCAGAUGUGCUACAAUAUUUUCAUUGUGGAGUCUGUCUGUGUGGCGUGGUUUUCACUGGAGUUCCUGCUGAGAUUCAUCCAGGCAAAGAGCAAGUUUGCAUUUUUGAGGAGGCCGUUAACUCUGAUCGACAUAAUAGCUAUUUUGCCGUAUUACAUCACCUUGCUGGUAGACACCACUUCGGUGGGUUACAAGAAGCCCAGCUCCGGGAGCAUCUACCUGGACAAAGUCGGUCUGGUCCUCCGAAUACUCCGUGCCUUGAGGAUUCUGUACGUCAUGCGGCUGGCCAGGCACUCCCUGGGGCUGCAGACGCUGGGGCUGACCGCCCGCAGGUGCACCCGGGAGUUCGGGCUCCUGCUGCUCUUCCUCUGCGUGGCCAUCGCACUGUUUGCACCGCUCCUGUACGUCAUUGAGAAUGAGAUGGCGGACUCACAGGAGUUCACCAGCAUCCCCGCGUGCUACUGGUGGGCUGUCAUCACCAUGACCACGGUAGGCUACGGAGAUAUGGUUCCCAGGAGCAUUCCCGGCCAAGUGGUGGCGCUGAGCAGCAUCCUGAGCGGCAUCCUCCUCAUGGCUUUCCCAGUCACUUCCAUCUUCCACACGUUCUCACGCUCCUACAUUGAGCUGAAGCAGGAACAGGAAAGAAUCAUGUACAGGAGGGCACAGUUCUUAUUAAAAACAAAGUCUCAGAUAAGCAAUGCAUCACAGGGGAGUGAUAUUUUGUUCCCAAGUAUCUCUACUGACAACAGGGCAAUGAGUGACAUUUAAGUUACUGUUUUUCCUCAUAUUGAAUAACGUUUUGUUUUAUCAGAUUCCAUCUUUUACUUUGCUUUGGAAGCAUUUUACAGAGGUUACCCUCAUUUUGAAAGGAGGAAAAGGGGCUGUUAACCAGGAACUGAUGUGGUUUAAGAAGUCUCCAAUUAUGUUGUUUCUUCCUCCCAAGCCUCCCAGUGUUACGCUCAGGACAGGGCUUUCGCAGAGAUCACACAGUGGGUUUUUAGGGUUGAGAAGUUCUCUGACAAAAAUAACGUAUCAUUCUGUACUCAAGAGGAUGUUUUGUCUUUUGUACUGCACAUUUUUUCCAACUGAAUCACAAUGUAUAUAAUCAUUAAGCAGGCUGUCAUUUUUCUUGUAUAUAAAUAAUGUAAAUACAACAAAAUUAAUGGCUAAAUUCUCUCCCAGUAAAAUGCCUUAGAGCACGAUCGAAAUAACCGCAGAGGUUUGUCCCACUGUGCUCUUAAGGAACAUAAAGUCAGAUUCGUCAUUCACAACAGCAGCUGUACAUUUCUUUGUAAGUCAGCCCUAAACAUGCCAGGAACAAAAAAAGAGCCCAGCUGUUUGUAUCAUAACCUCACUGAAGAUGCAGAUACUUAGAGCUCAUCAGCUCCAAAAUUUAAAUGAAGUUACAGUAUUGAUCCUGUGUCAUUGAAUGCAGGAUUCCAAGGAACAGUCUUUUGAGUUCUGUAGCGUUUAAUAUUGUCAAGGGGACACUAGCUGCAAAUGAAAUGAAAUAUGCAUGGUAAGAUGCCAGUCGUUCCCUACCAUCUGUUUCCAUGUUUUUACUUUACCUCAGAUAUGAAACAGAAUUAAGGGAGGCCUGUUUCCAGGGAACACCCUACCGUUGCUUGUCGAAUCAAUAUUGCAGCUACCCAUUCACAUUCAGCAUUGGGUUCUUUAGAGGGAGCAGAAAAUAUGUGGUCGUGGGAAGUUGCCACUGAUGACAAAAAAAAGAAGAAAAUAUCAUUUGAGUCAUGGAGCGGGGGGUGCUGACAGCUUUAUCCUUUCCUGUCCUCAAUCAUGAGGGACUUUAGAGUUGAUUAACUAUACCUUUACCAGCAUUAAAGACAUCAUAGUAAUGGAGAAAACUUCGAAUAGGCCAUGGAAAUGCAGUUAAGGCCCUAAAGCACAACUGUAUGAUAUUUCUCCACACAGGUUCCCCACUGACAACUGGGGCAGUACCUGGGUCAGGGAGGAGCUCAGGUUUGGCACCUGCCCCUAUGCAGAGAAGUGCCAGGCACCCCUUUGUUGUGGAGGGAAUGAGACUGGUUUGCAUAACAACGCAGGAGACAAACUCCAGAACUUAAAAAAAAAAAGAAGUAUGAAAUCCGCUUGUUUGACUUCGUGUGUGCUCAGACCUAAAGAAGACAUAAACUCAUGAAUUACACUUUUUUAUCCCCCCAUUAACUGUUAGGAGGUAGGGAGAUUUGAAAGUUCCCAUCACAUUUACUAAUGCUUCUCUACGCCAGUUUGCAGAAGUCCUGUUGCUUACUGGCUUGGUUGAUGGGAGUGCCAGCAUGUGUGAUGGUUUGCUGUAUUUGAUGAGAGCCAAAAAACAUAGAAUUUGUUCCUCAGCCCAAGCUGGUUGGUCAAGCACUCCUUACACUGGUGUUUUUUUUCAAGUAUCUUAAAUAAAAUUUGAAGGUAUUUUGCUACACUUAUUUUUAAGGAAUAAUUCCCAAACUUUAAAAAGUGCACUUUACAAAUAAUUAGGGCUCUAAAAAUCUGCUGCUGUAGAAAAAUGUGCCUGUGGAGCAUUCCUACAGAGAGCUAACACACCCAGCAUAAACUCUUGGCAAUUAAUUAUGUGCCAGAGCUAAGAACAUAACCAGCUUUUCACUCUUGUUCAGCUUUAAUUAGAGUUGGAUAAAAAACAGGAACAUCGUGACAAAAAAAGGGACACAUUUUCCAUCCAAAAUACUCUUAAUUUCAAAAAUGUUUGAUCAUCUGUAGCAUUGGCUACAAUACAAGUGCUGUAUAUCCUUCUCCUUUUGUGUCAGCAUUCAUUACAGAAAGAAGUGGUAAUUAGACUGGUCCUGUGAGCAACAGUUGCCUAUCUCAGACUGUGUGUGACAGGCUGAGCUGUACGUUUGGAAGUGAGAAGGGAGAAAUCGAGACUCAUCAAAUAAAACCUAAGCUUAUUUCCCUUUUCUUCUAGCUAACAAGUCCAUCCAUUUUUUCAGCGUCUCUACAUUGAGCUCAUGGUCAUUUAUUUCAUGUGUCACUUUAUUUUAAUCCCAGAAUUAUAACUUGAUUCUCAAGUCCUUGUCCAGAAAAAGAGAGAUCGCCCUGAAGCUGGGUGUUGGUAGAGCAAACCUGUGACAGCAUCCCUCCUGCUGGGAGCUCUGCCUGAGCCGGGAACAAAUCAGCCUGGCAGGAUGAACCCUUCUAUAAUUUUGUACUUGGCAGCACAUCACUUGUAAGUGCAUCAACAUGUCUCACUAUGAAUCACUGUAACAAACUUGCUUCUGUUUUACACAAGGUAACGCAUGCUGUAGUCCAUAUGCUAAAUAAAUCCAGAUACGCGUCUUAAGAGCACAACAUUAGUAUGAAACCCACAUGCUGCGUUCUGGCUUUUACUGUGAAGGCGGAACAUUUAAGGUGAUUAUGACUCUUUAGAGUACAUUAUCUGAGAUUUUAGUCAAAUUCGUGAAAAUUAUGGAUUGAUUCAAAAGAUGACUGUUUCCAGUGACACAGCUGACAGCUACCAAGUCAGCUAUCACUCCUCUUUUAACAGCAUGUGCAGUCAACAAGAAAGUUCCAAUAAAAACACUUUGUGCUUUUAUGAAGUCAAAAGAACGUUAGAAUUCCCACUGACAGAGUGGUGCAUGUCUCCAAUAGAGAUCGGCUUGCAUUGCUAUUUGUAUUGACCUGCGUAUACUGCAGAAGUACAGACAGUACAAAUUCAACAGCAAUAGCUGUAUUAAUUUCAAGUAAUAAAUUGUUAGGCUCUCCUUUCCUUUCCAUGUGCUUCUUAAGGAGUGGAAGGAGUGUCACAAGUGCUAUAGGCAGGCACCACCACCUGCAGGAGGUGAGAAGUG